AAAGGGUACGAGAGGCCAGGCGAGGGUCAGUUACCCAAGAUGUCGUCGACCAAGUUAGUUUGCAUCGCACUGGUCAGCCUGGUUUUUGGCCAAGUUUAUUUAGUGGCCAGCGAGGAAACCAUUGCUGUUUGUCCCACCAACUUCACCCAGGUGGCGGAUAAGUGUCUCCUGGUGGAUGGUAGUUGGAAGAACUUCUACGAGGCGGAUCGCCAUUGUCGAUCCCUUAACGCCGGACUUUUGAGCAUUAGCAAUCCAACGGAGUUCAAUGUCAUCAACGAAUGGCUGCCGAUCGUUGCACCCUACCAGCCGGAGUUCUGGACAUCCGGAAACAAGCUGGGCGGAACUUCCGAUUACUACUGGCAGAGCACUGGAGAGAAGGCCCUCUACCUUCCCUGGCAGACUGGUCAACCCACUCCCACCACCGGUGAUUGCCUCAUACUGUUGGCCAACGUCAACAUGACUGCCGAAGGGACCACAUUGAGCGAGCACCGCUUGUCCGUGAGGAACUGCACCAAAUGGGUACCCCACGUCUGCGAGGCCCCACUGCAAAUCUUCAAGACCCAGCUUUGCCUUAACACUACUGCUUUCUUCGAGGCCAAGGUGCCCGCUUAGGUCAAUUGAAGGGUUUUCUCCUAAUUGGCCAUGGUUGUUUGUUUUUCUAUAUGAUCAAUCGUUUUUAUAUGAAUACAAACAUUUAUGGUUUAAAAUAAAAAUUUCAAAAUUUGCAAAUUAAGCUUUAGAUUAUCUCUAGUCAAUAUUUCAUCUAAAAGUAAAUGUUUAUUGCCACUUUUAAGCACUUUAUCACGAAGCAAGUUUAUAAUAUGCGCUUUUAAGUUGCAUAAAAUAAAAUAAAGUUAUAAAUUAAAUCGUCAUGUUAGCUUAGGUGAUUACAUUGUAUAACAAUAUUUUAAGAAUAGAUUAAAAAGUGUUAAAUGAUAUGUUA